GAGGUCAUGACCCAAGGUGGUUCAGUCUAGCUCUGGUCUUGGUGAGCUUCCGUUGACCUUCCUUCAGUUGACCUUCCACCCUGUUGACCUCGCGGUUGACCUGCCACGUCUCAGUGUUAUCAACAAGACUUCAGUACCAAACGUAAUGAACGAGGACCUGGGUAGUGGAGGUGUUGUGGCGGAGGCUGGAGGCAGCUUUAACAAGUACUCAAACCUUCACUUUCGUCCUACCUCACCUGAGUUCUAUAUGGACUCUCAACCUCUGGAUUUCUCCACUAAGAAGAACAAGUACUCUGCAGGUACCUUCACCAGUGAGCUGAGUGAACCCAACGACAGUGACCACUGCAGCUAUAUGGAUGACGGUCUGGCAGCCAGCUUGAUCCACGAGCGUAAACUGUGGUCACAGUCUUCAGAGUCCGGUGUCUCCCUCAAUAGUGACUCUCCUGAGCGUGUGGGGUCUCCUAGGUCCCACUGUGGGUCUCCCAUGGCUUUUAGUUCUGUUCGUCAUGCUCACUACCCCCCAAUACAGCAUCUUCCUCCCCACGUCCCUCACAGCCCACUCAACCCAUCCAUCCCAGCCUCCUUCAACUCCACCCUUUUUGCUCAGAUCCACUCCAAUCCCCUCCUCUUCUCCACUCUCCAGUCAGCGCUCAAUAAAGCUAAUCUGACGCAUCCCUUAAGAGCUUACCUUGCCCCAUUCGCCCAUUCUCCCACACCCAAGGAUUUCUCUACACCCUUAUCUCACCCUGUGUGUCCAUCCCCUGCUGCCUCACUUCCUCUCACCUCGAGCACUCUGGGUAUGGGCGCCCUAGAUGCAGGCAAUCUAGGGCUGAGUGCCGCUUCUCUCUCUCCAAAGCCAGCUCAGAGCUUAUCGCCCAAUAUUUUGGGAGCCUUCGAGGGCGUGAGAGAUGGUGUGGGUUAUGGCGUGGGCAGCAGCUCCAGUGCUCUCAUGGGUGGGACACACGAGGAACUCAACAUUGCAGCAGAGAGCAACGAAGCUUACAGCAGGUUUCGUCAGCAGAUGUUGGUGCAAGUGACAGCCACUAAGGCUCGACGCGCUGCCACCUGCCGCAAGACUUCUCAUAGCAGCAGCGUUGAUUUUGCCUCCCUCAGGGAUACUUACUCAAGCCACGGGGACCCUUCAAGCCUCAGGGACCCUUUAAGCCAUGGAGACCCUUCAAGCCAUGGGGAUUCUUCAAGCCACAGGGACCCUUCAAGCCAUGAAGACCCUUUAAGCAAUGGGGACCCUCCAAGCCAGGGGGACGCUUCAAGUUUCAGGGACUCUUCAAGCCUGAGAAACUCUUCCUCAAGCCACGGUGGUCCUUCAGGCUUCAGGGUCUCUUCAAGCCUAAGGAACUCUUCCUCAAGCCUCAGGGACAGGUCUGAGGAUGGGGAUUCCAGGAGUGAUAUUAACAUUGAUGUCUGUGGAUUCAGCAGCGAGGUGGGCAGCAGCGCUGGUGAUGGAGGCGUGGUGGGUGAUGCUGACGGGGACAACAGCUGCGACAGGCAGUCAUCCUGCUUCUCCACCAACACCAAGAGAAAAAAUAAGCAAAACGGCGACUAUAUUAAGGACGAGGCUUACUGGGAGAGACGAAGGAAGAACAAUGAGGCAGCCAAACGCUCCAGAGACGCCCGAAGAGCCAAAGAAGAUGAGAUUGCCAUCCGUGCCGCCUUUCUUGAACAGGAGAACCUCAAGCUCAGAGUCGAAGUAGCGUCCCUCAAGAGCGAGACUUCCAAGCUCAGGUGUUUGUUGUAUACAAGCUGAGUGUUGAGGCUCUACUGAGAGUGCGAUGGAGGGUUGUUAAACCCUAACAGAUUCCUGAGGAUGUGAUAGGGUGGCUACACCCUCAUACCUUGCUGGGGUGUGUGAUGAGGAUUGCUACAUUCUCACACCUUGCUGGGGUGUGUGAUGAGGAUUGCUACACCCUCACAUCUUGCUGGGGUGUGUGAUUGAGGGUUGGUACACCCUCACACUUUGCUGGGGUGUGAUGGACGGCCUCUACACCUUUCACACCACUGUGCCUUACACCCAUUUCUUACUCAGGUCUCUCAAGGAACCCACAACGCGCAGACAGCGGACUGUGUUAGGUGUCGAGGUGCUAUUAACCUGACCAUUUAAGACUGUCCCUCAGAUCAUCAGUCUUACUGCCGUGGUCUGCAGAUUUUCCCCAAAAUUGCAGUACGAACAUAUGUGAGAACAUGUGUAUGUAAAGUGUACAAUUGUAUAAGAGUGCAAGUAGACGUGUACUGUAUGGUACUGAUAAGACAUUUAGUGUGCAGGUGUACAGCACACACCUGUACACAAGCCCAGACUAUACAAGUGUACGUACACAGUGAGGCCUCGUAAGAAACACUCCAGUUCUCAACUUAUUUGCUUAGCAAGUAUAUAGAUGUGACCAGAGUAGUGUUACAACACACUCACACACACACACACACACACACACACACACACACACACACACACACACACACACACACACACACACACACACACACACACACACACACACACACAGAGGAGAGAUACGAUAAAGCUCAUAGAGCUAGGUGUGAGUGGACGUAGCGACCAACAAUGAGGCGGGGCCAGGAGCUGCGACUCGACCCCUGCAACCACACACACAAUCACCCAUGAGGGAUUGUGUGUGCUGGUCAAAGAGCACCUCUUCGACCAGGAGACGGAGGAUCGAGCCUACACAUACACUCAUCCAUUACCACACCCACACGGGUUUAGCUCUCCCUAUAUACAUUUUUGUUCUUUACCUCUAUACAUCUUGUUAGACCAAAAUUACGAUAUUUAAAAAAAUAACUGAGUUCUGACCAGAACUUCUGAGUCUAUUUUCCAGUUUAAUAAUGAUAAUAAUGAUAAUAAUGAUAGUGAUAAUUAUAAAAGAAAUGAUCAUAAAAUAUAAUGAUUAUAAAAAUUAUAAAAAUAAUUAUUAUAAUUAUGAUGAUUAUAACAUAAUGCUUAUAGCAUAAUGUUAGUGAGGGGCUCUUGAUCCAAGGAGCUGCUGAACUUAUCCUCCCUUUCUUCGGAUCAAUCCCGAUUGCGUCCCCUCCCCCCACUGACUGGGUGAGCCCCUGCGGGCUUAGCGCUUAAUUUUAUUUUGAUAAAUUCAGUGUGAAUUUUGUAAAAUUUUAAUUUUUGUUAUAAAAAUUAUAAUUUUUCGUAAUAAAAGUGAUAA